GAAGUCUAGAACUACAUGCAUAUAGCUGCAUACAUAAACCUUUUAAAGUUUUAAUAUCUCCAUAUAUAAACACACAUAUUCUCUUAGUCUUUGUUGUUUAGCUAAAAUGUAUAAUGGUGAAGGAAAGACAGCACAAUCACCAUUCAGCUCUGCAUCCACCGGAGCAUGGACAACAGGGUUAUGUGGUUGCUUUGAAGACCCUGGAAAUUGCUGUAUGACCUGCUGCUGUCCAUGUGUCACCUUUGGUCAGAAUGCUGAAGUUGUAGACAAAGGAAGAUCAUCUUGUGCAUUUGCUGGAAUGAUCUUCUAUCUGCUUUCAUACGUGGGAUGUGGAUGCAUAUAUUCUUACACAUACAGAAGCAAGCUAAGAGGACUCUACUCUUUGCCAGAAGAACCAUGCAUGGACUUUUUUGUUCACUGCUUUUGUGGUUCUUGUGCUAUUUGCCAAGAGUAUAGAGAACUCAAAAACCGUGGACUUGACCCUUCAUUAGGUUGGACAGCCAAUGAGGAAAGAAUGAACAGAGGCAACCAAGUGGCUCCACAUGUUCAUCCCGCCAUGACUCGUUAAAUGGAAUUGUUUGUGGUCUUGGAUUCCCUCUAUUUUAGAACAUCUUACUUACUUGUGUUUAAUUGUUUGUUUACUAUGUUGGAUUUAUUUUUAUUUAGUUUCGUUGCUUUGUAUUAUUGUUUUCCCUUUAGAAAAAUUCAAUAACAAGGCGGAUUUAUUUUUAUUUAA